GCAUACAGAGUAGCCCAUGAUGGUGCGCUCGCCGCGCGUGUUCGAGCGAUAUCUGCUCGCCGCCUUUCUCCACCGCCAAAACUGGAGUAACUUCACCACGCUGAGGAGUUCAAGCACUAAAGCUGCCCGACUCCCAACAAUGGAUUACCAGGACGCCGUGUGCACGCUCAACACGUUGCAGACCAAUGCCAGUGCCUUGGAUCAGGUGCGGAGGGAGCGCGGGAACCCUGAACUGCAGCUGCAGGCCAUGAAGGGCUUCCUGCAGCGCUCGGGCCUGACGGUAGAGGAGCUUGACCAUCUCAACAUCAUCCAUGUGACGGGGACAAAGGGCAAGGGAUCAACGUGUGCGUUCACAGAGCACAUUCUCAGGAAUUACGGAUUUCGCACAGGAUUUUACAGUUCACCACAUUUGGUACAAGUCAGAGAGAGAAUCCGAAUCGAUGGGCGGCCAAUCAGCAAGGAGCUCUUCACAAAGUACUUCUGGCAGGUCUACAGUCGCCUGGAUGAGACAAAGGACGCGCACGGUGGCACCAUGCCGGCCUACUUCCGCUUCCUCACCAUCCUGGCCUUUCACGUCUUCCUGCAGGAGAAGGUUGAUUUGGCAGUCAUUGAAGUUGGCAUAGGAGGUGCCUAUGACUGCACAAACAUAAUCAGAAAACCAUGGGUCUGCGGCAUCUCCUCUCUGGGCAUAGAUCACACCAGCAUAUUGGGAGACACCAUUGAGAAAAUAGCCUGGCAGAAAGGAGGCAUCUUUAAGCCUGGAGUUCCAGCUUUUACAGUGAAGCAGCCAGAGGGCCCCAUGACUGUGUUACAGGAGAGAGCUGAGGAGAUCGGGUGUCCCCUCCGGGUGUGUCCGGAGCUGGAGGAGUACCAGGCUGUGAACGGGCCACUGCGGCUGGGUCUGGCGGGUCAGCACCAGCACUCUAACGCCUCCCUCGCCCUGCAGCUUAGCCAGACCUGGCUAAAGCGCCGCUGCCUGCCCAAUGAGCCCCUCCCCUCUCCUGUGGAGGAGAACACCGGAGUCCCCCUGGCCCCGCCCUUUCAGCCCAGCCCCAUUAUGCUGAAAGGGCUGGAGUACACAGAGUGGCCGGGCCGCACCCAGACCCUGCGACAUGACCCGGUCACCUACUUCCUGGACGGAGCCCACACCACCCGCAGCAUGCUGGCAUGCGUGCACUGGUUCACCGAAGCCGCCGCCCAGCAAGAGAGGACUGCUGGGGGACCGGCGGUCAGGGUGCUGCUGUUCAACGCCACAGGGGAGCGCGACUGUGCAGCCAUGCUCAAACUCCUGGUGCCAUGCCAUUUUGACUUUGCCGUUUUCUGCCCCAACAUCACUGAAGUGCUGCCAUCUAGCAAUGCAGUAGACCAGCAGAACUAUAACGUAACGGUAGAGAACAUGCUGACCCGCUGCCUGGACAACCAGAGGAGCUGGAGGGUUCUGAGUGGCGAGGAGGCCAGGCUGGGGCCAGAGCUGCUUAUCCCGGGCAGCCUCCCCCUGGUAACCGAACAGAGGAGGACAGACACCAUGGUCUUCCCCUGCAUCUUGAGCGCCCUCCAGUGGAUCAGUCAAGGAAGAGACCCCAUCCUCAAGGUCACAGGCGAAAACAUCAUUCCCGUUCAGCCCGCUGUCGGUGAGAAGGCACAGCCUCUGAGGGAAGCCAGCAGAAUCCAUGUCCUUGUCACAGGAAGCCUGCAUCUGGUGGGUGGGGUUUUGAAACACUUGGACCCCUCCUCUGCUUCUUAAUGGGCCAGUGGGACUGCUGCUUCAUUGAAGCUGCACAGUUAUGUUGUGUGGUUUGUCCUCUCAGGAGAGGCUAGCUCCUAUGUUCCUGUCAAGGGAACCAAUCAGGGUUUAAGUUUGCCAAACUUAUGAAUGGUUAUGGUCAUGGUCAUGGUCAUCUCUGAAUUCUGCAGUCUAUACCCAACGGGCCAGUUGCCAACCAGCGGUUCAUGCUCGCUCUCACCCCAACGCCUUACCAUGUACCCAAACACACAUACUCUUCAUGAUCUCGAACUGAUACUUGAAACGAAGACUGUUUACAUAAAACGCUGGGGACUGUAGUCAUCCUAAUUUGACAGGCAUGGUUCUUUUUUAUGCUGACAUAAAUUGAGUUCAGGACUUCCCGAGAUGAACAUAAGUGUGACUAACUUGAAUUCCUUAAGCCCUCGUAGCUGAGAUGAAAAUGAAUGAGAGAUAAUGGGAGCUGGGGUUCAGAGGAUAAUUUAAGUCACAAAGCAAGGUUUGCUUUUGAUUUUUUUUCUGUCACUUUUACUAACAGCAUGUCAGGAAUUUCCAACAAACUGGGUUGAUCUAGAUUACAGAUAAAUAACAUGUUAAGCAUUCGUUUACAUAAUUUACAUUUCAGUGGUAUAAAGUGUUGGGAAUAUGCAAGUGUGACUUGUCAGCAAGUUUGCAAUGUCAGUAAAAUAUCCCAUUCUGUGUGGCCACAGAAUCUCUCAUUCUGUGUCAUAGAUUAUGAAUACAGCCAUUCACAGUCAGUCUUAAUAUGGUAGUAAUCUCCAUGUUAACUAUAAAUUAAAUUAUGUAAAUUAUGAGGAAAAAAAUGGUAUGGAUUUUAUAUUAAUUUAUGACCUGGACACUUUGUGUUCUUACAAUUAAGCACUUGUAGUCACCCAGAAAGUCAGUCUAUCAACAGUGCAUCUGUUAUACUCCCAUCAGAAGCAGUGAAUUCUGGGAAACAUUGAAGAAUGUUGCAGGUGAUUUGCUGUUUCCCUGCUUUUCAGGUGUAUCCUUGAUUUCACAGCUUCUGUCUUGGCUCAGUUGUAUUGUAACAUGAACUGAAUGGGUAGUUCACAGAAAAGUUGACAAUAUUUAAUGUAAUUCUAAUGAAAAGGUAUGCUGAAUAUUCAUUGUAAUUUGGGGAAUUGUUCAGGGUUAUUUUUUGGUAAUGAAACUGUUUCUAGCCUGCUGUUACCAUGCUAGUCCUAAAACAGUGAGCUGUUGUACAAGAUCCUUGGUCAUUUGGUUCACAAAUGCACCUGUAAAAAGCAGAUACCACAUAAGCAGUGACUGAUAUGAUCCACCUUCAGAAUGAAUUAGUACAUUGCUGAUACAUAGCAGUUUUCCACUCAGUGCUAACUUUUCCUCCUGACACUAAAUUCACUCACCAAUGUGCCACUUGGCAGAUACUGGAAUAAUUCCAUUCGGUUGGAAAAAUUGUAAGUCUUCUACAGACUUGAGAACCACAUGGGAAAC